UCUCGCAUUCUCCGAGAGAACUCAGAACUGACAACACCCCAAACAGUAAACAAAAUAAAAUAUAUUCAAAAUGUGCAUUUUCAUCGAUUGUUUACUAAGCCCCAUAAUACUGUGGCCAGCUAUUAUCGGCGUGGGCAUUUACCUCUUGAAGGAAUACAUGCAGGGAGGGAAAUUCACAAAGGAUACCGAUGAGACGGGAAAAGUGUUUAUUGUUACGGGAGCCAACACGGGAAUUGGCAAGGAGACGGCUCUGGAGAUCGCGAGACGCGGUGGAACGGUCUAUAUGGCCUGCAGGGAUAUGAACCGAUGUAAUAAGGCCCGCAACGACAUCAUAAAGGAGACGAACAAUCAGAAUAUAUUCUCUCGGGAGCUGGAUCUGAGUUCAUUGGAUUCUAUCCGUGAAUUUGUAGCUGGUUUCAAGAAGGAACAGAAUAAGCUCGAUGUCCUGAUCAACAAUGCCGGAGUGAUGCGCUGCCCGAAGACUUUAACCAAGGAUGGCUUCGAAUUGCAGUUGGGUGUCAACCACGUCGGUCACUUUUUGCUGACUAACUUGUUGCUCGACCUGCUAAAGAAAUCGGCUCCCAGUCGCAUUGUUGUCGUUUCCAGUCUGGCCCAUACCCGUGGUGCUAUUAACGUUGCUGACCUGAACAGCGAGAAGUCCUAUGACGAGGGCCUAGCCUACAGCCAGAGCAAAUUAGCCAACGUCCUGUUCACCCGGGAAUUGGCCAAGCGGCUGGAGGGUAGUGGCGUUACAGUGAACUCCCUACAUCCUGGCGUUGUGGACACUGAGCUGGCCAGGAACUGGGCCUUUUUCCAGACCAAUUUCGUGAAGUAAGUUGAAGCUAAAUGGAGAAGGAACUUUAUUAGUAAUAUUACAAACUUCAGGUUCUUUUUGAAGCCAAUGAUUUGGCCCCUUAUGAAGACACCAAAGAGUGGAGCACAGACCUCUAUUUAUGCUGCUCUGGAUCCGGAACUGAAGGAUGUCAGUGGCUUGUACUUCAGCGACUGCAAACCAAAGGCUGUGGCUCCUGCCGCCUUGGACGACAAGGUUGGAAAGUUCCUGUGGGCCGAGAGCGAGAAGUGGACCGGUUUGGUAACCCAAAACUAAGCACUACUUAGGGUUAGAACAAGCGGUUUAUUCAUCUUUAAUACUAGCUGCUUUUCACGAGUGGAUUAAUAAAUAAAUACAUAUAUUUUCCUAGCUUUCA